GCGCCGCGGCCUUCAGAGAGUGCACGAGCAACAGACACGCGAGCGCGCAACGAUGGGGUUCAACGCGAGCAAAAGGAGUUUUAUAAAACCCGGUUCGACUUGGAUGUUCUGAAUCACAUCAGAUCGAUCACCAUGGAGAGCUGAAUGCGAAAGAUCGGUGAUUGAUUCGUGAAGGCAGCGAGAUUUUGAAAGUUGAUGCGGUUCUAAGGUCGUUUAAUAACAUUGUGGAUGCGGUUGCUUUUGAGUGACACCUCCAGACGUCAUCAAGGGCCGUGGAUCUGUUGUUAGUAACGUUACCGAGUCUAACUAACGUUAACCGCGGGUGAUGCUGUCCGUUCUCUCGUACGGUCGACUGGUGGCCCGGGCGGUCAUCGGCGGACUCUCGCAAACCGACAGCAGGGACUACAGCCUGGUGUCCGCCAGCUUCGGCUUCGGGAAGGACUUUCGCAAGGGGAUUUUGAAGAAAGGGAUGUGUUAUGGUGACGACGCGUGCUUUAUAGCCCGGCACAGAUCUGCUGAUGUGUUAGGUGUGGCUGAUGGAGUGGGUGGCUGGCGGGACUAUGGGGUCGACCCCUCUCAGUUCUCUGGGACGCUCAUGAGGACAUGUGAGCGACUCGUCAAAGAAGGGAGAUUUGUGCCAAGCAACCCAGUGGGAAUCCUCACCACCAGCUACUAUGAGCUACUUCAGAACAAAGUACCGCUUUUAGGAAGCAGUACAGCGUGUAUCGUGGUACUAGACAGGCAGAGUCACCGGCUACACACAGCUAAUCUAGGAGACUCUGGCUUUCUGGUGGUUCGAGGUGGAGAGGUGGUACACAGGUCUGAUGAACAGCAGCAUUACUUCAACACCCCUUUCCAGCUCUCGAUCGCCCCUCCUGAGGCAGAGGGCUCCGUUCUCAGCGACAGCCCUGAUGCAGCUGAUAGCUCAUCCUUCGAUGUCCAGUUGGGAGACAUUAUACUCACAGCUACAGAUGGUCUCUUUGACAACAUGCCAGACUACAUGAUUUUACAUGAACUUAAAAAACUCAAGAAUACCAACUAUGAAAGCAUCCAGCAAACAGCCAAAAGUAUUGCUGAACAGGCCCAUGUUUUAGCAUACGACCCCAAUUACAUGUCUCCUUUUGCACAGUUUGCCUGCGAUAAUGGCUUAAAUGUCAGAGGAGGGAAGCCAGAUGACAUCACUGUUCUGCUGUCAAUUGUAGCGGAGUACACAGACUAAUGUUAGCAAGAGCUGCAAAAUGCUUCUCUUGUUGUCUUCCUCUCAGUCACUGGACUGGCAGCUGUUUCCUGCUGGCAGGAUUGAGGGCUGUUUGAGUUUUGUUUCUGGCUGGCCACAUCUGUUCCCUGGGUUCUUCAACCUUUCUAGACUGUACUUCUAAUGAUGUCGCCUGCAGGCCCAAGUGAAAGUUGCUAAAGCCACUGCUAAAUUGCAAGCACUUUUCUAGUACAUCUGAAAGAAUCAGCAGUGUUUCUGCCGUCCAGUUAUGAACAAGUAGGUGGUAAUGAUGUGGUUGAGAGGCUUUAGAAGGUAAAAAUGAAGAAAGAAUGAGGGAAAAGCAAAGAAGAAAGAAAUAAUUUGAUUAGGGACAAGCGUCUAAAAAAAAAAAGAGAAAGUUUCCAUACUAAGAAGAAGCAUUAAGAUGGUAGCGAUGUGCCAUGGGAUUCUUUGACUUUGCAAACGCCUAAGGAAGAUGCCCUCAAGUUACACGAGUCUUGAGCUGUCACGUUUACUUUCUAUUUUAAAAGAUACCCAAUCUGUAUCCUCUGGACAGACGCUAGCUGAGAUGUGAGGUUAUUAAGCAUCAGUGACUACUACAAACUCUUCACUAGCAAAUUGACAGUUUGUGGUCAGUGUCGUUGCAUUACUUUAAGAUACUAGAUUGAUUAUGACGCUUAACCUCAUCAAAAUACUGUCUAAGUUAAUGAUCGACAAUAGAAAUGCCUUUCUUCUGAGAUCUCAACUUAUGAAAGACACUGUUCUCAAGACAAGUUCUCAUUACAUAAAAUAAAGUGUAGGACGCGCGUUUGUGUAAGCAAUUUAAUGUACAGGGCAAAUUACAGUUCUUGGGGAGACAGAAACCUUUCACUUCCUAUUUAUUAAUUUAAAACCGUAUUACUCCACUAUUGAGUUUUUUUAAUCCGACUGCAAGGGAUUGUGGGAUGUGUUGAGAGGAAAAAAGCAGUCCCACUUAAACCACUUUUAAGAGGUUCACAUGCAUGUGACGUGUAUGUGAGAGGAACGUUUACGAGCUGUAGAUAUUUGGAAACCUGGCUGUAUAUUUAUGUAUGACAUGUAUGCAUUUGGAAAGUGUAGUUAUUACACAUCAGAUGUAUAAAAGAAUAUAUUUGAUAAUUGUGUGGAUUCUGUUAAACUUUUUUUUUGUAAAAUUGAAUUUUAAAAUAUCCCUUGAGGUGUUUACGCACAAAGCUAAUGCUAGCAUCUGUGAAUGCUUUCAGUGGGUAUGAUCACAUGAUCUAAUAAAGUUAUAUUUUUAUAACUUA